CAGUUGUCACGUGACGACGGCCCAUCACAGGAGCAACAAACCAACAAAUUCAGCCGUGGCGUGACUGGAGAGUGGAAACCUUCACGGUCCUGGCAACACAUGUUCCAGACUUGUGGUUGUCUGGUCCCAGCGCCGUAGGACACGACUGUACUGGUGCGGCCGCUGCCAGGUCAAGGUUCUAGAGAGGUUUUGCCAGUUGGAGGAAAGUGAGUCGCUUGUGUUAGCUCCUGAGGUGGAAGUGAGGGAUUGUCAACAUGGGAGGCUGUUCGGCUACAGGCUGUUCAAGUCGCAACGAGAAGGGCAAGAAAUUACACUGUUUCCCCCGUGAUCCCGUCAGAAGAGAGAUCUGGGAGAAAAUGGUUGGAAGGCGCAACUGGAAAGCACACGACAGGUCGAGGCUGUGCGAGGACCACUUUGAGGAGUCACAGUAUGAAUCGAGACGCAUGGACAAUCUGCGGAAGUUGAAGCCCAAUGCUAUACCGACCAAGUUCACCCACUUCAAGAAAAAUAAGACUUUACGCCAGAUAGUGGAGAAUUUGACCAAAACGUUGGUGCAGUCUCCUCUGCCAGAGAGACACAGUGUUGAACACUCCUACAGCCAGAGCUCUGAGAAGGGGCCCUCAGAAAAGGAGGACAGUGGAGACGUGCUUUUCAGUAUAGAUGACAGUCCUGGAGAGAACAUACUGAAACCUGAAUCCUUUGGACUCCCUCUACACUGUGUGUUCCUGUGUCCACUGGAUGACGAGGAUCUUACCUCAGCUCAGUGUGAAACUUCAGUGGAACUGCAGUCAAAAGUGGCUGAGGAGCGGCGCGAGUCCACAGGCCCCGUGGAACAAAAUCCUCCACCUAUGGACAGCGCCAACUCUGCAGAUUGUGAAAUAGCACAUCUGAAAGACAUCAUCCGGAAGAAGGACGAGAGGAUAGCCAUGCUCCUCAAAGCCGUCGUCAGUGAAAGGAGAGAGAAACACAAACUGGAGAGAGAGAAACAAAACCUCAUCCAGAACAUUGAGAAAGUGUUCAAUGCCAAUCAGCUCGCAAGGCUCGGGCGAAAGAGUGGCAGAGGGGUGAAGUGGUCCAGUGAGACCAUGGAGAAGGCAAGGCAGCUACGGGCCACAUGUGGAGUUAAGGGAUACAUGUUGCUGAGGGCACAGAAUCAACCACUGCCAUCUUUAAGAUGUCUGAGAAAACUGACCCCUAUGAAGAAAAAAAGACUGGAGCAGGACACCACAGCAGCGGGACAGGCCACCACAGCAGCAGUAGAUUGUUUACAAGCCACUAUUGGUGUAGAUGAUGUCUAUGUAGACAUGGUGAUGCAGUAGACCAGAGCACUUUUAGUGCUACAGGUAUCCUUCAUAAUUUCCGUGACUAUAGCUGACCCUCAGCACGAGUCUUUCCAUUGUCUGGAAAUGUUGAGUCUUGUGCUUGCCAGCAUGAUAAAUGUCCCUGCUGCCCAGUCAGUCCAACUUUGACGUGUGUUCUUGAGUUGGCCAAAAGGAUAGUAUUUUUACCAGAGGUGAAUUUAUCCUACUUCCUCAACUACUUUGGACAAACAGAUCAAAAUGGGGGAAAUGGUGACAGAUAUGCAUUGUACACAAUGUUGGAUGUCUUUUUUUUUUUUUUUUGCCUUAGAAUAAAUUUUGCAAAUUUG